UUUCACGCUGUGCUGAACGCAUUGUCUGAAAUAAUAAUCUUUUCAGGCUUUUGCGAUCCUCGUGGAAAGAAGACAUUUGGCUUGAAUGGCGGUAUGAACUGCAAUUUGCGCUAUUUUGAUUUCAAGCUGCGAUAGAUGAUUUAAGAUUUCCGCGAAGCGAAGGUAGAUAGGAAAGGAGAGAAUCAAAAAGUUGGAUCGAAGAAUGUGUCUUCCCCAAGUAAUGUUUUUCCUAUAGUUUCCUUGUGCGAAGGACAGGACACGAUGGUGGUAUAAUUGACAUAACCAGUGCUUUACUUUUCAAUGGACAACAGCUUUACUUUUGCCAAUCGAAGAAGACGAGAGAGAGGACUCGGAUCUAAGAAUGGCUCUAAAGACGCUAAACUGGAUUUUCAUAAAAAGAGAGCAGCUUGCGAUUUCCCUCAUGACCCUUGCUGGGAAGCCUCAAUACAGGAUCUUCCAUUAACUGAUGAGCAGUGCGCACAUCAAUCCAGCAAAGAGAGCUCAGAUGAAGAAUGGUCUGAUUUCUCUUUUUAUGAUUUCCCAGAGACCUUAAAGGUUGGUGAGGACUCUUUCCAUAGGCCAGUUCAUCCUGCAGAACACAUGAUACCCACUCACAUGGUAUCUAGACCUCCAUAUCAUGCUACUGCUAAAGCUCAUCGAGUGCACACAUUGCUAGACACUGAGGUUAGCAAUCCAUUUAGCAUAACAAUGGAAGACUCAGCUAAUCAAUCACUGUCACAAGGGACUGCAUCCCAGAACAGUAAUCAAACCACCCAAAGUACCACAACAAGUGGGAACAGUACGACGACUGCUUGUCAGGAUGUGAUUCCCUCAAACAAGGCAUUUGAUGGAAGUUUAUUUUACAGACAUUCUGACUUAGUGCUUAGUGGUAAACACAGAAAAGAGACUAGAUCUGAAAAGCUUCAACAGAAUGGAGGCCUUGCUGUAAGUACUUCCAACGCGUCAAGCUUGCUAAGUCAAGCUUCAAUGAAAGGUCACCCAGCCAUUCGUGUUGUUCCAUCUGAGGUCUCUGUGCACAAACGGUUUAAAACGGGACAAAGUGGUCAUGGUGGUGUUGAUAAAAGUGAAAAUGCCAGCUAUUUGGGGAGACUCAAAAAGAGUUUCCCAUCGAAUAGAAACAUUACAGCUGGUUCCAGUUCUCAGGAAAUACUUGCUAAUAAAUUUAUGCAGCGAUCAAGGGAAGUCUUGCACAGGAGGGAAAAGCAGAAAGAUGUUCCGGGAAGUACAUUCAAAAAAGAACAUUCUUCUAAAUCGGUUUCAUUUGCAAAUUCUGUAAAGGGCAUUGAGAAACAAAGCAAAACAUCUUCAUCUGGUAAAGAAGAGGUAAAAGGUCAUUUGAGAAACAGCAGACCCAAGGAAGGACAUGCUCAGAAUGGCUUCUCUGAUCAGCGAGAGCAUACCGUACAGAGCAACGUGGUGUUAAGUGGAAGGCUCGGCUAUAGCUUUAGUGGAUCUGGAUCACAAAACAGUGCAGUGAAGGAAAGCUUUGAUCAAGAACCAAGAGAAGAAAUUACGAUGGCUGAUGGGAAUGGUCUGAGUAAGGAAGAUGGCAAGCAUGGUGACUCUUAUGAUAUUGCCCUUCCACCCUCCCCUCCCACAAGAGAUACGAACCAGACACAACGGAGUUCACACUCGGUUCAGUUGUUGUCUAUGUAUGGUGAGCAAAGCUUGUUUGAAUCAAAUCUGUCCAGGAAUUUAGCCUCACCACCUAGACAAUCCAAUGUCAGUUUGGGAUUCAGUGGAAGUAAAACUUUGUCAGGAGCGUCACUCAGAUCAUCAGGGAAAUCAUUUAUCCAGCAAACAAACAGUAAAGUGGUUCUGAGUUCAAGGCCUUACUUAAUGUCGGGAGAAUUAAGUAGGGACAACAGUCUCACAAUCGAGGAGUUGUUAAGCAGCGGAAGUGUGAAGUCGAGUCCUGAGAAUUCACCGCCUUCCAAGUUCACUCCUCAGUUUGAGAAGAGUAGUAAAAGAGAACAUUCUCUUGACGAUUACCUGGAUAAAAGCGGAAAUCUGCUACAGGAUCUCAGCAUGAGAAACUCAUUUCCAGUGGAUACAUCACAGAGAAUUUCCUCUGCAUUGUGGGCGUCUCGUACGUCCAGUCCAAAUUCUUACCAAGAGCUGCUACUCAAGGGUCGCCUUUUUCGACGCUGGUAUCAGAAAACGAGGCUAAAAAGACUUAUCAAACAGGAGGACGAUGUCAAAUUACAAAGUGCAGUCACAUUCUGGCAAACAGAGACGCAACAUAAAUUUUUCGAAGCAUGGAGAAAUGCUAGGACUGUUCAGCUGGAAAAAGCUGACAAACUGCGAAGAAAGCUAAUGCUACAGAAAGGAUUGACUGCUCUGCGAUUUGCUGUGAGUCAGCAUAAACAAUCCGUCUCUGAGGUACAGACGAGGGCUAGUGCCAGGAUUACAGCCAAAUACUGGCUAAAGUGGCAAAAGUCUGUGCAAAUGAAAGAGACUGUAAGACUGCGAGAAGCAUUUGACAAGUGGCACUUGUUCAAAAUGGAUCAAUACAGGGGUGCAAUGAUGGAACAGAUGGCUGACAGACACCUGUUGUCAAGAAACUAUAUUAAAUGGAAGAUAAAGUGCGAUUUGGAGCAGAAGAAUGGAGUGGCUUCUUUACACUACAAAAUCGGGUUGCUGACAAGGAGCUGGCACAGUUGGAGACUAUAUGCUUCACAGAGAGUGGUCAAAACAAGACUGAAAGAAGUUGCGAGAGUCCACUAUGAAGAACAUUUACAGGCCAGGUUAUUUACCGUUUGGAAGGAAAACACGCGCAAAGCAGUUGUCGCAGACAGUUUGAAAUCGAAACGCGUACUUGUAAAAGCUUUCUAUUGCUGGAAGAACUGGACACAAUACGCCAAGAUUAUUCGGCUGAGGUUCCAGAGCAUGUGCAAAGAAUAUCAUCGUCACAAGUUGGUAAAACAAUCUUUUCAUCACUGGAAAAUCCGUCUGAUGAACCGACAGGCUGAUGAGUGUUACAGAAAUGGACUUCAGAUGAAGAUUUUCAAGUUGUGGUUUUUGCGAUAUAAGAGGAAAGUGAUUCAUCGACAUCUGUGCAAGGCAUUGGCCAAAAAGGGGAAAAAGCGCAGGUUCUUCAACAAAUGGUCAAAUUUUACGAAGCAGCAAAUUGAGAGAAGAAGAGCCUUUGUUGGUUCUUUAGAACGGAUGCUUGUCAGCAGCAUGUUGAAUAACUGGAGACAACACGUGAAAGAGAAAAAAGCUCUCAGGAGCAAAGAACUUCAGUUGAUCCAGAAGAAGAAUCACAUCGCUUCGCGAAAAAUGGUGGAUCGCUGGUUGUUUGCUAUGCAGGUGGCUAACUUCAGAAAGAAAGCGAGAGUGAAUUGGUCCAUACGCUGUACAAGGAAAGCAUGUGAAGCUUGGAAACUUCUUUUGAAGAAGAAGUACUUGGAGCAAAGAUUGAUGGUGAAUCGCGAUAUCUGGCAGCUAGUGAUGAUGAAAAGAAUUUUUAGGACUUGGAAACAGCAGAAGAGAAAAGUAGACACAGAGAAUGAAAAGGUUUUCAGAGCAAGAGCUAUCUUGACAAAGAACUACAAAGCUCGUGUCCUUCAGGCGUGGAGAGUUGUUAACCAGGAACAGCAGAUCAUUUCACCCAUGGUUGCUCGGAGAGAAAGGAAAGAAUUGGCCAGGGUUUUUGAUGCUUGGAGGCUUCACAUUCAUCGACAGAAAAACAUUGUUGAUCAGAAGACAAGAGCGACAGAGAAAAGACUCGACAAGUACUUUCUGUUUUGGAGAGAUCGGGCUUAUCUUCGUGUAAAAGAAAGGGAGGUAAACGAGACGGUACUUCGGAAUAAAAUAUCAAGAGCUUUUACUGCUUGGAGAGGUUACUUAAAGGAUCAGCGAUACGCCAAGCUGAAAAUACGAGCGCGACGAUUUGAACUAAUGGAAAAGUUCUACUCUUUAUGGAAAGAAAAAGUUCAACACCGAGCAGAGGAGAAGGUCGAGGAGACUGGAAAAGAGGCUCGAGGUUUGUUAUUGGUCAAAUGGUCCUUUAGAGUUUGGAGAGUGUCUACUGACCGUCAGAGAGCGUAUCGCUUGAGACAACAAGAAAUUGCGGACAACUUCUACAGGGACACAGUUACCAGAUAUGCAACAGUUUGCAACAUUCUAUUUCUCAUUGAAAAUGAGAAAGAUCACGCUCGUACAAAGAAGGAAGACUUUCUGCGAAGGUUAUUCCAAGCAUGGCACCGUUUCACCAGAGCCAUACUGCAAAUGGAGAUGCAGAGAUUUGCCACCUCAAUGUCCGGUCUGGAUUCAUCCUUUGGAUCUUUCUCUCCUUCUCCUUUUCGCCAGCCGUUAGCUUCAACCUUAGGCUCGACUCUUGGCUCCACUGUAUCUGACGCUCUGACUUCCUCGGGAUAUGGUGCCUCGAUUCGGAGGGGAUCUGGUAGCGUGUUUACAUUUGGGUUAGCACUUAAGGAGAGGGAUGAUGAUACGGCCUCAUUGCCAGGAAGAAUCGAUGGUAUAGACCAGCUUUUGAGGCCAGAGAGUCCCAUUGUUCGACCCGUUUCGCCCAUAUCUAUCCUAAGAGACUCUCGGCCGAUGUCCCCCCUGCCGUUCAAUUCAAGUCAAACCAGUCUCGGUCCCUCCCCUUCCCCUUCCCCUAGUCCUGAGCAUCCCCUGCCGUCAACCCCGCCCAUCAGAUUAGAAGACUUUUCUCCCGUGAAGUCUGAGGACGAUACAGGCAUUCACUCUGGAAGCAGCGUGUCAGAUCACGAGGACUGUGACCGUAUGAGCACUGCUUCAUGUACGUCCUACACCGGGCGUAGCACACAAAGUGACCCACGUGAUCGUGAAGUCAUGGCUACAGAGACCAUACUGCAUUGGAGGAAUCUGCCUCUGAGCCUGACCUUUAGAACGUGGCUAAAAUUCACCCGCCAAAGAAAACUACAAAAGGAGCUUUUGAACUACAUCACAAACAACAAGACCAUGGAAUUGAUGGCGAAGACUUUGGUAAAAUGGAGAAGAGAGCUGUAUACGAAAGUCACUGCAAGACAACACUGGCUUGACUCAAGCCGUCUUAAAUACCUAAGGAUCUGGCACGAGUACGCUGUCACAAAGAGGAUCCAAGAGGAGAGGAAGAUGCUGGCUGAUGAUCACUGCAGGCUCAUAAGGCUCAAGGGAGGCUUUCAGAAGUGGAAGAAAAAGAGCUCCGCUAAGAAGAAGCUACAAGAGCUAAUCGGACAGUGGCAAAAGAAGGCCAUGGUAACUGAGAAAGACAAAGGCUUUACUCAGGUCAUUCAGAAAAAGCAAAACGCAAGGUUUUUGCGGCACACUUUCACCUACUGGGUGCAAAUGACAAGGAAGAGUCAAGAGGCCAAGCGACUGUAUACAGAGAGACUUCUACCAAAGUGUUUUAAGGCGUGGCAUGUCCUUGCCUCCACCCGGGUUUCUAAUCGGAAGAAAGUGGUGCUGUUUGGAGAAAGAAGGCUCUUGACCAUGGCGUUCAGAGAAUGGCAAACUCGAUUCCAGGCCAUCAGCCGUGUGGACGAGUUUAUCGAGAUUAAGGAAGCUGAUCGACUGUUAGAAAUUCUUCGAGUGUGGCAUAACUGGGCGAGUGGUAUGAACACGCGGAGGAAACAAUCUCGUCUGUUCCGUCGCUCUGUGGAAUUGAAAAUCACAAGAGAGAUUUUUAUCAACUGGUUGACAGGCGCUCAACAGCUUCAGAUAGCCAAACGAACACACGAAUUGCACAUUAUGAAAUGCGUGUUUGUCGGCUGGAGGGAUGUGGCUCUGGAAAGGACAAGAAACAAACGCGCAAUGCAAGAGUUCAAGAAAAACGUUGACGCAAACUUGCUUGCUCGAAGCUUCCGUUUCUGGCAACAGCUUCUGGCACACUCAGAGUUAUCGCGGGCUCACACUCAACACCGUGAUCAUAAUGCACUAAGGGAAUGUUUUGAGGAAUGGAGAAGUUACACGCUGGAGAUCCGGGCAGAGAAGUUUUUUGUCAUGGCGAUGCAAAAAAAGAUGUUCGUGUGUUGGUACGUCGAAUACACGUCCCGAAAAACCACCCGUCGUCUUAUUCAUAGUUGGAAAAGUAUAACAGAAGAAGCUAAAGUAUUAAACAACAGAGCCAUGCACCUCGCCGAAGGGUCGGAAAAGAAGAUGUUACGGCGUAUGUUCGAUUACUGGGUGCAGGAAGCUCAUAAAGUACAGAAAGCAAAGAGUCAUGCAAGCGGAAAGAUGAUGCGAAGGACUUUUCUCGGAUUGCAUCAGUAUGUACAAUCACGAGUUGAGAAACGCAAAAUCUUACAGGAACUACUGCAGAGCAAGGAAGAAGAAUUGGUAUCAAACUCCUUCAAAACUUGGAGAGAAAGAUUCCAACGCAGUAUGAGAAACCUAGAAGUCCUGGAGGAGCAUCUUCAGAAGAAAGAGUCUGAGUUACUACACUAUUGUCUUGUGGGGGGGGUGAAAUACAUGCUGCGAUGCAAAGCAGAAAAAUCUUACGAGAAAAAACUCGUACACAAGUGUUUUUCAAGAUGGUGGUUUGCAUUGUACACCAAGAAGGGUUCUGAAAAACUCCAAGAGAAAAUGCUUAUCAGAAAAACUCGAGAAGCUGGUCGACACUGGAAACAAUGGACGAUUAAGGUUAAGAAACAAGCUGAGAUGGCAGACGAUCUUCAAACAAAACAUGGCCGACAUUUGGUACAUUCAUACUUUGUACAGUGGACGGAAAAAACGCGGCAGAUGCAACAAGCAAAGGAUUUGCACAACCGCACAGUAUUAAAGAGGUCGCUUGCAGAAUGGCGCCAAGAGUCAAGAAGGAAAAUAGAUGAACGAAAGAAAAUUAAAUCUUUUCAAGAACAGGGGGGGGAUAAAAAGGGGGGGGGCUAUUUCCAUCACGAGUAUUCCUUUUCUUUUUUAAACUUUUGCCAGGUUUCUCGCAUGUUCUAUGACUGGCGCGAGGCGCUUAAAGUCGUCCGCAAGCACAAGGAGCUGAUAGACGGACAGAUGGUUCAUCACAACAGACGAGUUAAACAGGGAUGUAUGUGGGAAUGGAAAAAGUUUACACAAAAGAGCCGCGCGGAGAAGCGGGGGGGCAAGACAGUCACAUCUAAGCAACAAGAGGAAAUCGCCAACAAACGGGGGGGGAGAACAUUGAGCAAAAUGUGUUUCCGCGCCUGGUUUCAUGACACAAAACUUGAGGGGGGGAAAAGAAAGAAGGGAGAGCAUAUUGUAGAGAAGCACUUCAUGAUGUGGAAGAAGAGAAUUGACUUGAACUCGAUCGCCACUGAAAUGGUUGAUCAUCGUGUAUUUGAAAAGUUUUGGACGAAAUGGCGUCACCAGUUGAUAAGGAAAAGAGUGUCAGAAAUGAUGAUGAAACAUGAGGACAAGAAGCAGCUAUCCGAGGUUUUCAUGGCUUGGUACCAGCUCACGCUCGUGCGCGGGGGGGUGCUCAAAGGAUGGCAAAUGUACAAGACUAAGAAACUCUUUAGGCUGUGGAUGCAGAAAUAUAACGAGUCGUGACCUACUUGGUUUAUGAUUGAAGGGAGGGGGGGAUGUUUUUUGAGCGAGAAAAUGUAAAGAAUUAAACUGAAGAAAGAGAAAUAUCUCGCUUUAGCUAGCAAUAUGCUUGCGUGAAAAUCUAGGAGGUUUUAUAGAGUGCAAGUUGAUUCUUAAAUAGAAUAAUCAGUUUCGAAUAACA